CAUCAUAGGGUUAUAUAAAUACAAGAGUCUCUGUUCUAUCAACAUAUCCAUCAACACAACAAAACUUCAUCUUUGAUUCUUGAUUUUGUAAAAAAAGAAAAAAAAAUGGGUGUUAUGGGGAAGAAACUUAGCUCACUAAAAUGCGAAGUGAGAGUAAUAGAAGCAAGAAACGUGGAGGUCAAGUCACAAGCUAGUACUCUGUUCGUUAGGUUCUAUCUCUCUGCAGGACAUAACAGAAAGAUAGAAAUAAACACAAGAGAGCUCCGUCAUAAAUCAGAAAGCCUCGUCUGGGAUCAAUCUUUUGGUCUCGAGUGUCAAGGCAACGAAGAAGCAGUCGAGGAACUGAAGCAACAAAGAGUCGUUUUCGAGUUAAGGAGGAGGAAAACACCAUCUUUCUUGAGGAAGUCGUCCAGAUCAGAGGUUGUAGGGAGAGGAGUGGUCUCAUGGGAAUCGGUUUUCGAGUCACGGGGCAUGGAGAUAGAGAGAUUUGUAGUGAUGGGUGGAUCUAAAACCCCAGCGUUUGGAGACGAGAGCCCUGCCUUGUUGAAGAUAGGUUUAAAAGUCCAAGCUAUAGAGACCAAGAAGAUGUUGAUCAACAAGAAAGAGAAGCUUUGUGGAUGUUAUAGUAGUAGUAGAGACUGUAAAAGCUGCAGCUGCUUAGAUUACGAAGCUUUUGUUUUAGCUUGUGCUCUAGAUUGUAUUUAAGAAAAACAGUUUUUUUGAUUCAAUUCAACACACAUCUCAAGUAAACAUAGU